CGGGCGGAAGUGGAUGCGGCGGAGGGGGAAAACAGUGCUCUUUUCCGGUGUAGGGGCACACUUGAAGAGGCGACUGGGGACCGAGGCGUCGUUUGGGAGAGAAAUAUAACAGAGUGAUCACUAAAAUAUUUUUGACCACAAAAGAUGACGCGCCACGGCAAGAACUGCACCGCAGGGGCCGUGUACACGUACCACGAGAAGAAGAAGGACACAGCGGCCUCAGGCUACGGGACCCAGAACAUUCGACUGAGCCGGGACGCGGUGAAGGAUUUUGACUGCUGCUGCCUGUCUCUGCAGCCCUGCCAUGAUCCUGUCGUCACCCCCGACGGCUACCUGUAUGAGCGUGAGGCCAUCCUGGAGUACAUCCUGCACCAGAAGAAGGAGAUCGCCCGGCAGAUGAAGGCCUACGAGAAGCAGCGGGGCGCCCAGCGGGAGGAGCAGCGGCAGCUGCGGCGCGCUGCAGCGCAGGACCAAGUGCGGGGCUUCCUGGAGAAGGAGGCGGCCAUCGUGAGCCGGCCCCUCAACCCCUUCACGUCCAAGGCCGCCGCGGGGCCCGGCGCAGAGAAUGCACAAGCGGGGCCCAGCGAGGGGCCCCCGGGCCAGGACAAGGAGAAGGCGCUGCCCAGCUUCUGGGUCCCGUCCCUGACCCCCGAGGCCAAGGCCACGAAGCUGGAGAAGCCGUCCCGCACCGUGACCUGCCCCAUGUCGGGGAAGCCGCUGCGCAUGUCCGACCUGACACCCGUGCGCUUCACGCUGCUGGACGACUCGGUGGACCGCGUGGGGCUCAUCACGCGCAGCGAGCGCUACGUGUGCGCCGUGACCCGCGACAGCCUGAGCAACGCGACGCCGUGCGCCGUGCUGCGGCCCUCGGGGGCCGUGGUCACGCUGGAGUGCGUGGAGAAGCUGAUUCGGAAGGACAUGGUGGACCCCGUGAACGGAGACCGGCUCACCGAGCGUGACAUCAUCGUGCUGCAGCGGGGCGGCACCGGCUUCGCGGGCUCCGGGGUGAAGCUGCAGGCGGAGAAGUCGCGGCCGGUGAUGCAGGCCUGAGUGCGAGGGGAGACCCACGAAUAAACGGCUGGGAGCGCAGUCGCGCGUGGCGCCUUUCUUCGCGGGCGGGGCCCGAGGAGGGGCCGGGAUGCCCGGGUGCUCCCGCGGAGUCUGACCCCAAGGCGGACGCACGGCGUUGACCCCCGGGGGGAGCGGCCAGGCAGAAACCCACCCUGACCUCCGCCAGGACCCCGAGGCUGGCCGAGCCCGGGCACCCGAGAUGCCCCGGGAGAUACGCAGCUCUGGCCGGGCACCCCUCCCGCGUGUCCGUCUCCCCCGCUCCCCACACGCCCCUCGCGGGCCCCAGCAAGCCCCCGCCCACCGCUUUGUACCCAGUGCCCACGUCCCCCCCCCCCCCCCCCCCGUGUUCCUGAGCAUUCCCGGCCACAGGCUUUCCCGAGACCCCUCACCCACGCGAGUCCUUGCCCAGCCCCGAGAGCCGCAGCCGCGUUCACGCGUGGCACAGGCCGCCCCCUCUCUACCCCACCUGGACACGAACGGUCCUCCCGGCAUGGCCUGGCUGUCCCCCCCCCCCACGUAACUCCCACGCCUUUAUUGGAAACAGCGGCCUUUGCUGGCCGCGAGGCGGGGCAGGGUCUGCUCGGAAAAUAGGUCUGCUGUGGUCGGAGGCCGCGGCGUGACCAGGAGAGGAAGCGAGAGUGAAACGCAGCGCCGGGUGCGGCGGGCGCGCUCCGCACAGCCCACUGCCCCAGCGGCAGCCGAUGGCAUGCGAGGGAGUCGGGAGGUGUGGGGUCGCCUAAGAAGGAGAUUCAGCCUGCCGGCGCCUGCCGUGCCGACAUCCCAUAUGGGUGUCAGUUCGAGUCCCGAGCUGCUCCACUUCCCAUCCAGCUCCCUGCACCCGCGUGGGAGACCUGGAAGAAGCUCCUGCCUCCUGGCUUCAGAUUGGAGCAGCCCUGGCCAUUACGGCCAACUGGGGAGUGAACCAGCGGAUGAAGACCGCUCGCUGUCUGCCUCUCCUCUCUGUGUGACUUUGACUUUCAAAUAAAUCUUUUCAAAAAAAGGGGGGGGGGUGGAUUCCGUCUGGAAAGGCAGACUGUAGGACCCGCAACGGAUCCUUGGUGGCCCUGGAGGUGUGCGCGGUGCGGUAGAGGACGGGGAGGGGCCCUGCUGGGUGUCCUCAGAGCUGGGUCCCAACUGCUAAUGCGCCUGGGAAAGCAGCAGAGGGUGGCCCACGUUCUUGGACCCCUGAAGACUGGGAUGGAGCCCCAGGCUUCUGACUUCAGCCUGGCCCAGCCGUGGCCACACCAGCAGAUGGAAAUCUCUAUAGCUCCACUUUUCAAAUCAGUCUUAGGAGAAAAAAAAAAAAAUGCCUCGCGUGGGGUGCAACUCGGGUACUCUCCCGCGUAGUUCUCGGCGCCAGCCGCUAGGGGGCGCUUGCGGAAGCCUGGAGUCGCACGCUGGGAUUGCAGGCCCAGCACUGCCGCGGGGCCGCGGAGACUCCGGGAAUUCGAACAAUUCCGGAAGGGCGGGCACUGGAAGCGGCGGGACACUCAGAGGGGGCGGGGUGGGGCGCCGGGCGCAGGUCCAGGCCCCCCCUCCCCAGGAGCCGCGGCGACAAAGUGGAGCCACGAGGCCUGGGUAAGAGACCGGGACGGGAGGUACCCAUUUAUUUAUAGAAAGUCUGCUCAAAUAGCUACUGCCCCUGAACCACUCGGGGGGACCCCAAGAAGCCCAGCUAAACCUGAAAAAAAAAAAUAACAAAAACCUGAAGUCAGGAAGGUCAGACUUCACAGUUCAG